UUCAGUUUGAAAAUCAUUCAAUUGUAAUGGGAAAAUCCGUACCUUUUCGCUUCGUAGAAAACAUGAAAAGAACGAAUGGGUGGCCCGUGGCCGCGAGAAAGCAAGGGCCCAGUUGAAACGGCCUUCACAUGGGGUGGGGGGGGGAGACCUGGGCUCACACUCAAAAUGGGCCUAAUAGGCCCACGAAGCCCAGAUCAUUCUCGUGAAAAAUCUCACAGCUCAGUCCACGCUUGUGGGCUUCUCUUUUCUUUCUCCUCGACUUUCCCCACCGAAAAAAGAAGCAGGGAGGAGAUGCGGAGGGCGUCACCUUCGCCGUCUCCGGCGAGGGGCCCGGCGGUCUUCGCCGCCGCGUUCGUGGUGUUACCGCCGGCCUUGUUCCCGAGGAUGUUCUCUCCGCUCGGCCACGCCUUCCCUUCCCUCUUCUCGGAGUGGAAUGCACCUAAGCCAAUGCAUCCUUCUCUUUUAAAUGAGGCUUUGCGAUGGGCAAUUCCAGCUGAGCAGAAGAGAGAGCUCUGGUCACCCUUGCCAUACCAGGGGUGGAAACCAUGCUUAAAGUCAUCAAUUUCUCAUGCAUUGCCUCUGGAGCCAAGUGGGUACAUACAGGUAUUUCUUGAUGGUGGACUUAACCAGCAAAGAAUGGGGAUAUGUGAUGCAGUUGCAGUUGCAAAAAAUCUUAAUGCUACUCUUGUGAUCCCACAUCUUGAAGUAAACCCUGUUUGGAAGGACUCAAGGUGCUUCUGA